AUGUUUAAAAGUAAACAGAAAGUUUAUGAAUUUCAUCAAGCUGAUAAUAGCAUCAACAAUAGUACCUCAUUUUCACCAUCUCAAGAAAUUUCUCCUACUGGCCAAUCCGAAAUUUCUAAUAUACAUAGGAGUGAUUUUAUGCAUCUUUCAAUACUGGCAGAAGACCAGAAAGCACACAGGGAAAGUCCUUACAAAUGUAAUGAGUAUGGCAAGGUCUUUCGUCGAAAUUCAGACCUUGUAAGUCAUAAGAGGGUUCAUACUGGAGAGAAACCUUAUAAAUGUAAUGAGUGUGGCAAGAGGUUUAGUCAAAAUUCACAUCUUACGAGUCAUCAGAGAAUUCAUACUGGAGAGAUGCCUUAUAAAUGUAAUUUGUGUGGGAGGACCAUUUAUUCUACCUCAGGCCUCAGGAGGCAUAUGAUAAUCCAUAGAGAAGCUAAACAAUAUCAAUGUGAUGUAUGUGGCAAAGUCUUUCAUCAAAAUGCAGUCCUUGUAGUUCAUCAGAGAAUUCAUACUGGAGAGAAACCUUACAAAUGUGGUGAAUGUGGCAAUGUCUUUAGUCAAAAAACACACCUUACAAGUCAUCUGGUAACUCAUACUGGAGAGAAACCUCACAAAUGUAAUGAGUGUGGCAAGUUUUUUCGGGAUAAGAGAACCUUUACAAGGCAUCAACAAAUUCAUACUGCAGUGAAACCUUACAGAUGUAAUGAGUGUGGGAAGUUCUUUCGUGAGAAGCCAACCCUUAGAAGGCAUCAGCAAGUUCACACUGGAGAAAAACCUUACAAAUGUAAUGAGUGUGGCAGAGUCUUUAGUCAAAAUUCAAACCUUGCACGUCAUCAGAGAAUUCAUAAUGGUGAGAAACCUUACAAAUGUAAUCAGUGUGGCAAGCUCUUUAAUCGAAAAGGAAACCUUGCAGUUCAUCAGAGAAUUCAUACUGGGGAGAAACCUUACAAAUGUGGUGAGUGUGGCAAAGUUUUUAGUAAAAAUUCAAACCUUGUGUGUCAUCAGAGAAUUCAUACUGGGGAGAAACCUUACAAAUGUAACGAGUGUGGCAAAGUCUUUCGUUACAAACAGCGUCUUCAAAUUCAUCACAGACUACAUAAUGGAUAGAAACCUUGCAAACGUAUUGAGUGUGGAAAAGCCUUUACUCAGGUCUCAACCCUUGCUACACAUCAGAAAAUCCAUACUUAAGA